GCUUCACAUUUUUUUUUUCCUCAGGGGUGGUGGCCGCUGUUUUGCUUCACAGCUUCCCGAUCAGACCACGAAAGCAUGGGAAUGUCGAGAGGGAAUUUCUGAGUAAACUUGCGUUAAAGUGCUAGAUAAGUUACUGCAAGUUUCCCCACACGCUCUUCCACACCCCAGGAGCCCCGCUGUGUAUCCAAAGGCCGUUAAGGAGACGUUGUUAGGACGUUUCACCAGCGAGCAAUCCCGGACAAAGGAAACGAGACGUGCGAGCUAACGUUAGCUGGCUCCCCGGGCUAACUUAGCAUUCCUCUAGCUGCGGCGCAAUGCAGGCCAUAAAGUGUGUCGUUGUCGGAGACGGAGCUGUGGGUAAGACCUGCCUGCUCAUCAGCUACACCACCAAUGCCUUUCCUGGAGAGUACAUCCCCACCGUGUUUGACAACUAUUCCGCCAAUGUUAUGGUGGACGGGAAGCCUGUGAACCUGGGCCUUUGGGAUACAGCAGGGCAAGAAGAUUAUGACAGACUCCGCCCACUUUCCUACCCACAGACGGAUGUGUUUCUCAUCUGCUUUUCGCUUGUGAGUCCUGCCUCGUUUGAAAACGUCCGUGCCAAGUGGUAUCCUGAGGUGAGACACCACUGUCCCAACACUCCUAUCAUCUUGGUGGGCACCAAGCUGGAUCUGAGAGACGACAAGGACACUAUGGAGAAGCUGAAGGAGAAGAAGCUCUCUCCAAUUACCUAUCCCCAAGGACUGGCAAUGGCAAAAGAGAUUGGUUCCGUCAAGUACCUGGAAUGCUCAGCUCUGACUCAGCGUGGCCUUAAAACUGUUUUUGAUGAGGCCAUCCGGGCCGUCCUCUGCCCUCCACCUGUCAAGAAGAAGGGGAAGAAAUGUACUCUCCUCUAAGACUUCCUCCACUUGAAUCGGUUACAGGGGAACAUGACCGCUAGUGGUGAGGGUGGCUAAAGACACAGGAGAAACACACCAGUAUACACACAAAAAACAAUGUACUUCAGUUUCUUUCCUUCCAUAAGUGUAGCUACAGCAGUUAUACCAAUCGUUUUCAUGACAAAUUUGACGUAGGGUCAGAUUUAGGAGAUGGGGGUUGGAUGAUCAUACACCUUAGUUCUUUCCUAACAACAUAUACUGUAUAGACGACACUAUGAAAUUAUGAAAUUCUCGAGGCCUUCUUAAAUGGAUUGGAUGUUUUGUAAAAAAUGGACCGUGGAAUGUUUUCAAUUUGUUCUUCCACUGGUUGUCCACCUUUUUUCUUGUUUACAGUCUUGGUUGUUUGUUCUGAGUGGAAGAAAUAUUGCCAAAUACAUUCUGCACACAUACUGUAUUUUAGCCGAAAAGAAAACCUUUGUUCUGUUGUCUCAAACCUUUGAACCUUCAAAAUACAGCUGACGAUUUGCUGUUGUGUGCUGCUGUUUGUUCAGCACCAUGACCAAUAGCAUAUUACUAAUUUCAGUUUCACUUUGCAAGGGCAGUCGUGUGACAUCGCGCUGUCAGCGAGUAAACAUCUGUGAAAUUCUUUUUGCCUCAAAUUACUGUUCGUGUACCAUAAUCUCUUUACCAGUAGUUAGUUUUCAGUCCUAGCACAUGAUUCAUGUUAAUUCAUUCUCAUGGAUUGAACGACGCCUGAGACACGCUGAAAAUUCAGACUGGGGAAAAGGUCUGCUGACACCAACAGUGCUAUUAAUCCCUGAAAAAAAAAAUCUAUAAACGAUCCAGUAUUUUAUGUGUUUGGCUCCAAUUGGACCUCUCAAGUUUAUGGUAUUUUUCUUUCCUCUUGGCAAUAUUUCCCUAGAAAUGUCUCAACUGUAUAGCUGCCCAGGAGUGCAAAGCUGAAAACCUAAUUAGAUAUUGGAUUAGAACUGUGUAGGUGUUUUGGUGGCGGGGAUCAAGAGCACCUUUCAUGCUCUGUGGGCAUUUAUCAGAAACCUUUUGUGCAGCACAUUUGAUUUUUUUAAAAAUAGCAUCACUACUGGCUAAGCAAUGUCACUAAGAAGAGCAUUUAUGCCUGCUAAUAACAGUAACAAAGCUACUGUCGGUUAUGGUGUAGUAUACAGUGUACUCAUUUUUGUUAUAAUCAUGUGAUUGACUAUUUUGUAUCUUUCUUCACAGAAGUUACACUUCACUCACUGUAUUGUUAAACUAACACUAUGAAUAUCCUUUGUUUAUUACCUCUACAGUUAACGCUACCUUAAUCUCCCUACAAGCCUAGCUUUUUGUAAUUAAUGCUGAUAGCAUGUAUGUGCAACAUAUACUGAAAACUAAGAUUAGAAUUGCUACAGUUAUAUUUUUUGCCUAUUUACAAAAUGUAUUUGAACUACUAGAUCAGGGGUUAAGUACAUGUUGCUCAUCUGUAUUGUAUUCAGACAUCAAGCUGUGCUUUAAUUCAAGCCAAUGUUGUGACUCUUUAGUUUUAUGGAUAAAAGCUAUUGUCACUUUUUGAAAAAGCCAAUAAAUUCCAGGAAAACACUA